GAACAUGGUUUCCUUUGUGUAUGUGCAUAUGCAUGCAGCAGAGAGACAAAGCUAAAUUGUGAACUGAAAGAAAUCAGUAGUUUCUACACAAAUCGACAGGCAAGCACACAAGAAUCUAAGGCAUCUACUCAGGAUCUGAUGAGCGAUGGAGAGAGGAGAAGGCAACAGCUCAGUCUCUCAAGGUCACAACUGUAACCAUUCAGAGGAAUACAAAUUCACCACCUACACCGUGGUCUUCAGCCUGGUCUUUAUUUUUGGUCUCUUGGGCAAUGCUGGCGCUCUGUACGUCUUCUGCAAGCUCUCGGUGAAGAAUCGUCUCUCUACUAUCAUUCUCAUCCACCUUGCUGUAUCAGACCUGAUCUUCAUCCUUACAUUGCCACUAAGGAUCGCCUUUUACUCCAACAACUCAGCUGGUAUGCAGGAAUCUUCUCCCAGGUCCACAAUGUCACAUUUGAACCUUGCCUGCCGUUUCUCCACCUUCUUGUUCUACAUCAGCAUGUAUUGCAGCAUUUUCUUUCUGACAGCCCUUAGCGUGUGCCGCUACCUGGUGCUAGCAGGUCGAGUUCGGCUCCAGAACAGUGAGGCUUGCAGAUGGGCUCGCUUCCUGUGCUGGGGAAUCUGGGUUUUUGUGAUAGGGGGGAACAUUUUAUACCUUGGUAUAAUCACUGGGUUCAGCAUGCAGGCAGAGGGAUGCCUGGAACCAGCAGGGAAAGAGUCCUGGGCUUUGGUGUAUCGUCUGAACCUGGUGGUGCUGGUGAUCUGCUUUUUGCUUCCGCUAACAGUGGUGUUGAUUUGCUACUGCCUCAUGAUCAGACACAUCUUGAGGAUCCGUGCUGGCCAAAGGCAGCGUGAUGUGGCUCUGAUCUGCUUGGUGCUUUUGAUCUUCUGUUUUUGUUUCCUCCCUUACCACAUCCAACGCACGCUGCACCUCCACCAUAUGAUGUACCAGCACCCAGAGGCAUGCCAGUUGCUGGCCACCUUGCAGAAAUCGGUGGUGGUGACGCUGUGCUUUGCUGCAGUCAACAGUUGCCUGGAUCCACUUCUCUUCCUGUUUGUGGGCCAUGGUUUCAAAACAGUGAUCAAUAAGUUCAUUGCUCGUGCACACCUUUCUUGGGCACUAGAGAAUACCAAUUUGAGUUCCAUGGCUCCAGCUGUUGUGCAGCUACCAUUGGUUGGAGAACCAAAUACAACAAACAGGGACCAAGGUUUCUCUAUGGAGCUGCCACUCUCCCAGAAAAAUGAUAUUACUGUUUGAUGGCUCCAUCAACAUUGAUGGCUCUUCAACCAAGGAAGUGGGAGGGCGUUUAAAUCUGCCAUGCUUAGUCCAGUGACACAAGGCAACAAAAAAUGUCUGCUAGACUUUUUGGGGUAUUUUUUCUUCCUUGGCGCUUGAAUUAAACAGACAUUGCUCCAGCCUAGUCUCAUUUUCUGCCUUAUUACAGCUGAUGUGUGUCUUCUAGACUCACUAAGAGAACAGUCAAGAUUAUAAAACAAGUGGAUAGUUGUGCCAUGUGUUCCUCCAGACAGGCGGUAAUAAUUAGAGAAAAAAGGGAGCAAAUGAACUACACCAUACAUCUGCAGUUCAUCAACCUUAUGAUCUGACAAACUCUUUAAGCAGACUGGCUUUUAAGAGCCACAGUGGUUAGAACAUUUUGAUUUGACAUCUAAGCAGGUUUUCUAAGAAAUCUCAUUCUUUGAUCAAUGUGUAUGACAGUUAAGGAACCUGAGCAGAUCAGUAGUUAGACUGUGUUGGUUUCACUUUGUAAGCACAUUGUCCUGGACAGCUAUGAGCAUGUGAAUAUAUUCACAAAGUAGAUAAGCCUGGUUUAGCUAUAUCAAAAGAUUAACAAAGUGCACAUGGCAAGGCAUGUACCACAUUCCAUGACUGAUAUCUUAAAGAUGUGUGUCUUCUUCCUGCCAAGUGCAAAAGCAUCCUCUUUUUCAUAAAGUCUGUUUCAAACUGCAUUCUGAUUUGAUCACAGUUCAUUUAAAGUGCCUUAAAGUUAAUGCUUACAGUAAUAAGCCCUUAACAUGGAAGCCAAAAUGAUACGUUAUCCCAGAAUACUUUUGAUUAACUAAGUUUAUUGGAAUGGGUAUCAUUUAAAUUCAUCCCUGCCACAAGAUAAAGUGCCUUUACAUAUAAGAUGUUUAAAAAUGGUAUAGAAGCCUGUUCUAAUAUCUAUCACACCAUACUUAUUAUCCUGCUGUGGAUUUAGUGGGAAUCAGCUGCCAAAAUAUUUAACCAUAGAUAAUUAUCCCAUGCUAAAUGUAACAUUUUAGGAAUAGCACAAGUUUUUUUUCACCCCUGUCCUUGACUCAGGAAAGGUAUUUAAUUAACUGAUUCAAGUCCAUCACAGGUUAGGAGAGAUGGAUUGGUAAAUCCUGGGCCUCUGGGCAGGAACCUAUUCAGGAACCCUCUCGCCACCCCAUUAGGCAUGAACCAGUGGAAGGAACCCUUCGUACCCCACAACCCAGCACAUGCAAUAUUAAAUGCACUGUACUUCAGUAAACAUCUAUUAUGAAUAUUUGAGUAGUUUCGGUGAUACUUUGGAACACAGUCUCACUGCAGUCGCAUCCAAUUUACUUCAGGCUCUGCGACUUUACAUCCAUUGGCUUAUAUUCCAUGAAUCGUGUUUUGUGUGACAGCUUAAUGGCCUAGUCCUUCUUAAAUCGACGCUACAAGGACCAUUAGUGGCCAUGGUUCCUGAGCAUGUGCCCAGUAGGCCUGAUUGCAAUCAAUCCCUAUAGGGGUGGCACAGGGGUGCAAUGGGUAGCCUUGGGUCAUUCGUGAGCUUGGGGAACUGUGUGGAGUUUUGCAUGUUCUCCCCAUGUACAUAUAGGUGUUCACCAGGCUCUUCAAUUACCUCCAAAAAACAUGCCAGUAGGUGGAUUGGUGACUCUAACUUGCCCUAGUUGUGAAUGAAUGUGCAAAUGUGUGUGCGUGGUGCCCUGUGACAGAAUGGCGUCCCAUCCAGGGUGUGUUCCUCGGAUAAGCUUUGGAUCUGCCAUGACGCUGACCAGGAUAAAGAGCUUGAAUGAAUCUAGUGGAAUGAUCUGUUUGUAUUGUUAAAUCUUUUGUGUUUUAUACUCUAAAUCCUUCAUAAGGACACAGGCAAAAUCUUUUCAAUACCAACACAUUCACAUUUUCAUACAUUUCACAUUCUUUAGGAGAGAUUUGUUCCAAACAGAUCAUUUAUCUCACAUUUUGUGGCAGGCUGUCUCUGGUGAUUUCCAUCUUAUUUGCAGAAUUCCCUUUGAUAAUCAGUAUGCUGUGUUUUUUGGCAGAAAGAGCUUCAUGUUAAUGCUAGUCCCUGAAGACUCGGUCCAAAAAUGGAAAUGAAAAGCUAGCAUGAUUUUAGAAUUAUACUUAAACCAUACUUGGAGAUUUUGUUACUGCUGCCAAUUUUUACAUGCUUCAUUUGUGUCAAAUGCCAUGUAAUAGCAUGUAAUGCCAUGUAAUAAAGGAAAUAUCUCGCUCCAUUUGGUGUGAAUGUAUUUCUGUCCAUAUGCAGCACAUCAAGACUGAAAGCCUUUCGUUUUUAUGUGAUGGAUGAGUGCAUACCUCGGCUGAUCUCCUUCCUGUCUCCUCUGGGUGAACUCCACUUGAAUGAUCCCACACAAAAUGCUUUGGCUUAGGUGUCUCAGAGGAGGGGGGUAAAAAUUUCCUGCUCACUCUUUAAAGUCUAUUUUCACAAGGUACAUGUUGCUAUAAAAAAUGUGAUUUCCAAAAACAGACUAGUGGUUACUGGGGAACAGAAUAUAUAGGAUAUAUAGAAUUCAGCAAAUAAUCCCUAAUGUUCUGAAAAUUCUCCCAGGUCAUCUUUUGUGAUGGUAGUACUCGAGACCAGUCACUUAUUAACAGAGUUGCCAACAUUGUUAAGAAAAACAAAAACAACAGAACUUUACCUCAAAAACCCAGUGUACAACACACUUAUCUUAUGUUUUUAGUGACCA